AUGGCCGGUCUUCAUCUCAACAUCGACUGGAAGUCGAAUCGGCGGGCCAUCGCCUACUGUCUGGUGGCUGCCAUCGGUGCCCUUUGCUACGGUUACGAUACGAUCUAUUAUACCGGAAUUCAGGGCAUGACAUGGUUUGCCAAGGACUAUGGGGAGCAGAACGCCGAUGGCUCCUACUCGCUUGGAACAUCCUUCCUAUCGCUGUCUGCUAGCAUUAUCUAUGUGGGAGAGUUAGUCGGAGCUCUUGCCGCCGCUCCUAUCAAUGACUUUUUCGGCCGGCGUGCUGUGUUUCUGUCAGCCUCUCUUUGUAUCGUUAUCGGAGCCAUCGUGCAAGUGUGCUCCUUUGGCUCUGAUUCAGUCUUCUAUGUCAGUCGUGUUUUGAUUGGUCUAGGUGUCGGGCAGUUCACCGCGACUUGUUUAAUGUAUAUCGGAGAGGUCGCGCCGUCCGCCAUCAGAGGCCCGGCGCUCAUGUCCUUCCAGUUCAUGCAGUCUAUCUCACAGUUAGUCGGAGCCUGUGUCAACCAAGGCACGCAGAGCAUAUCCAGUGCUCAAUCUUAUCGCAUCCCUAUGUGCCUGCUGGUUGUUCUCCCCGGCAUCAUGCUUCUGUGCCUUCCUUUCACACCAGAAAGCCCAGUGUGGUACAUGUACAAAGGCAAGCGCGAGAAGGCCAUCAAAGCUCUCCACAAAAUCAACCGCAGCUUUCGUGACUAUGACCCUUCGGAGGACAUCCAAGCAAUCGACGACCAAGUCCAAAUGGAACGUGAAAUGGCGAAAGAUGCUACCUGGCUGUCGCUCAUCACGGAUCCUAUUGAACGCCGUAAACUAUUCUACGCCUGUGGCGCCAUGUUCGUGCAGCAGAUCAACGGUAUCCAGUUCUGGUACACCUAUGGCGUUGUAUUUGCACAAUCGAUCGGCGUCGCCGACCCCUUCACCAUAAACACCAUUAUCUACGUCCUACAAAUCAUUACCGUCGGCGUUGCAGUUGUCCUCGGAAACAAGAUCAAGCGCCGCACGAACCUCAUCCUCUGCUCAGGGGGUAUCUUCGUCUCCCUCAUCGCCGUCGGCGGCCUGGGCACCACCCGGUCUCCAGACGGCACCUUUGGACGUGGCAUCGGCAUCGGCAUCGUCGUUCUCGCCUACAUCAACAUCAUCUUCUACAACUUCUCCAUCGGCACGCUUUCAUACUCCAUCGCAUCGGAAAUGUCCGUUGGCCGCAACAGAAACAAGAUCACCUCGUGCGCCAUGGCCGUAUUCUUUCUUACAGUCUGGCUCAUGGUUUUCACCAGUCCUUACAUGUACUACGAGGGCAAUUUAGGUCCGAUGAUCGGUUUCGUCUAUGGAGGGACAACCCUGUUUUUGCUAGCGUACUCGUGGUUCUGUGUUGGUGAGACUGCGGGUCGGACCAAUGCGGAAAUUGAGAGACUCUUCCAAGACAAGGUUCCUGUUCGCCAGUGGGCGACAUAUGUGAUUCCUUCCGAUGAUGCGGUAGUUAUGAAGAAACAGGGCACCGAGGAGGAACAGAUUGAGAUGGCAUGA